AAGAACUGAAGAAAGCUCAAAAAAAUCUUUACCAUCUUACUCUGUCUUCUCAAUCUCAACCUAACGACGUUUUUCUUCAAAAUUCACAGGUAAUUGAAUUGAAACUCCGCACACAAAUUGGAUUUCACUUUCGUUCAUACAGAGUCCCAUAAAUUCACGAUUCCGAUUCCCAAGAAGAUACAUAUUCAACUGCUGCAUACCAUAUAUAUAUAUAUAUAUAUAUAUAUUCCUUUGUGUCACUUUCAUUCGAUUCCUACCUGCAAUCGGAUCACCAUAGUACUUCCUUCAAUUCCUUGUUGCCGCUUUCAUGAUUUAAUUUCACUCAACACCCAUUCGUCUCUCUCUGCCCUUUUUUCCGGUGGGUGGGAAUUGGGAUGGAUCUGGAAUCUUUGUCGGAGGCAACAUCCGGAGCCAUUGGGUCUCUGGUGAGUACCACUGUUUUAUAUCCUCUUGAUACUUGCAAAACUAAGUAUCAAGCUGAGAAUCAGUCUCAACAUCAGCGGAAGUACAGAAACAUAUCCGAUGUGCUGUGGGAAGCAAUUUCAACUGGUCACGUGGGUUCAUUAUAUCAGGGUCUUGGCACAAAAAACUUCCAGUCCUUUAUUUCAUCGUUCAUCUACUUCUAUGGAUACAGCUUUUUAAAGAGAAUCUACUUGAAGAGAAGUGGGAAUAAAAAGAUUGGAACAAAAGCAAAUCUGAUGGUUGCUGCAGCAGCUGGGGCCUGUACGGUUGUAUUGACACAGCCUUUGGAUACAGCAUCCUCUAGGAUGCAGACAAGCGAGUUUGGGAAGUCCAAAGGACUCUGGAAGACACUCGCGGAGGGUACCUGGAGUGAAGCAUUUGAUGGUCUCGGAAUAUCCCUUCUUUUGACAUCAAACCCAUCUAUUCAGUACACCGUGUUUGAUCAACUGAAACAAAGGUUACUCAGGACUCAACUGACGCAUGAAUCGGGUAUAGAGUCAUCCCCAGAAGCUCUCUCGGCCUUUUUUGCUUUUGCGCUUGGCGCCCUCUCGAAAUGUGUUGCUACAAUCUUGACAUACCCUGCUAUCAGGUGUAAGAUUGUGAUCCAGGCUGCGGAAUCAGAUCAAGAAAGGAACAAGGACAAACAACAGGACGAUAAAAAAACCAUCUCGGGUGCACUUAAUACUAUUUGGAAAAGAGAAGGUUUGCUAGGAUUUUUCAAAGGAUUAGAAGCGCAAAUACUGAAGACUGUGUUGAGUUCUGCAUUACUUUUGAUGAUAAAAGAGAAGGUGGCAAAGACCUCUUGGAUCAUAUUGCUUGCAUUUAGAAAGUAUCUCUUUGUUACCAAUACAAGAUUAAAGGGUGCUUGAGUUUAAGCAUUAGGCUUAAAUUUUUUAGGCGAUAUCUAAGAUUUGAUAUAGUCCCAAUUGGAUUUCUGCAACCUAUGAAGGAAAACAGAGUUUCUUUUUAUUCAGUUUGUUGCAUGGUAUGCUGUAUGAGUUCAAUAACUUUACAUUUAUCUA